AUGGAUGCUGCAAAUCCACCGCUAGCAUCUGGUCCGAGAUAUCGGCCCAUGAACCGUGAGAAAAACGAGUUCCGACUUCUCAAAAUUCUCCCUCCGAGUAACUCUCUACAUGGAGAUUCCGAUCCUCUCGCAUUCUCAAUCGAUCCUAUUCGCUGUGAGCUUCAAUAUGAGCUGCUUCCGGGCCUGUUAGCUAAAUCAAACCUAGAAGAGGCUUCCCUGUUUUCAUUUAUGAAAUUGAUGAUGGAUGAUUCAGAUGAUCCUAAAAUAAUUGACAACAUAAAAUUAUUCCGAAGUUUAUUCAGCUUUGGUGAAUCGAUUGAUGAAAAGAGCUAUUGCGAGCUCAGCAAAGAAAGAAAAGAAGCGCUAUAUGAGCACUACAAAAGCACUCAAAAAGCACUAGAGAACUGGAGACCUGAAGGAAUUAACCUUAACAAAAAAUCCUUUAAAGAAUGGCUUGUCACUUGCAUUUGGGCUCUUUUAGACGGCGAUGAAGGCCAGCGCCAAUCGUUGUCAUAUUAUGCGCUCUCUUAUGUUUGGAAUGAAACACCACAAACAAUAUUAGGGAAGGAUUAUCACGGGAUGGAGGCCCUGUUUACGAGAGCAGAAUUGGUGGCAACUUUUGAAACAACGAGCGAGAAAGCCAAUAUGACACCGGAACGAAUCGAUGUAGAUUUUGGCAGCUUUGGUAAUGAUGUGAAUGAAUACCGUCAGAUUGUUGUGGAUGGUGUGCCUGUUCUGAUUGGCAAAAAUCUUGAGAAAGCUUUGCGUACACUACGGGAGAUACCAGACAUCGCAAAUGGAACCAGAAUUUGGGUUGAUGCGCUUUGUAUAAAUCAACAAGAUAUUGAAGAAAGAAACUUCGAGGUUAGACGCAUGAGCGAGAUUUAUCAGAAGGCCAGUCGUGUGAUCUCAUAUCUUGGAGAUGAAAGUGAUGAAUCUGGUCAUAUCCUCGAAUUUAUGGAUUCGAUUGGUGAAGUAAUGGAGCGGCCACAAGCUAUGGCUUCUUUAGCGGCCGAUUUUCUCAAAAAUAUGCAAGUCGACAUGGCGUUUUUUAUGGCCAAGCUUCUGCAACGGAAAUAUUUCAGUCGUAUUUGGAUUGUUCAAGAAAUUGUGCUAGGUAGUGUCGAAAGCAUAGUGAUAUGUGGAGCAAGGCGAUUUUCAUGGGAGAAUGUAAUGCGAUGUGGAAGGGUAUUGAUCGAGGGAAUUAAUGCUAGAUAUCCCAACAAUAUGGGCCUAAGACUUCAUCCCAUGAAAAGUAUGAGCGAAGGUGAUGAAUACUUGACGUUUGGGGAUUUGCAUGUCGGACUAACAAAGCUACAAAUGCUAAGAACUGCAAUUAUUGAGUCUCAACUGGAUGAUAUCGUCGGACAGCCUGUAUUGGGCUACGAUCCUUUUUGGCUUCGGAUCCCAAGUAGCUAUGAAGCUUCAGAUUCGAGAGAUCUAAUUUAUGGAAUGAUGAGCCUUUUACCAAGUUGGCUUACCGAUUUGAUCAAUGUUAACUACUCAACAAACAACCACUUUGUGGAUGUUAUGAGAUCAUUCGCUGAAGCAUAUAUUAAGAGCACUCAAUCCUUGCAGUGGAUAUUGCGAAGAUAUCAUACGCCAUUUCUAGGUUAUAAAGAAUGGCCUACUUGGGUUCCAAAUUUGACACAGAAACUUAAUGAUACUCACUGGCAGUGGUCAAUAAAUACUAAAAAUCAAGCUUGUUCGGGUAUUCCAAUAGAAACAUCCUUUGAAAAAGAUGAGGUAUCAGGACGGCACCUUCUAGUUUGCAAAGGCAUACAGAUCGAUGUGAUUGAUAUGGCCACGGAAAAUAACCUGAUGAAAAGUCUUCAAGACAGUCCUCAGGAUAUCGAUUCCACUCGAGACCCGCACCAUUUUAUGAUUCCUGACUUUGAUGAUUCAGAAGAAGAAGAAAGAAGGCAUCCAUCUAAUGACCAUAAGGAACCAAUAUCUAAAACUCACCAAUAUGGCAACAUGGAAGACCUCAAAGCGGCACUCAACUCAUGCCUCUCCUGUGUAGGAUUAAGAUUGAAACAAGGGCAAAACAUCUUUAAUUUUCCCCUCGAUAUUUUCGACGAUGAAGCUCUCCCACAGGCGCCGCACGUACAUGCGGUUAGAUAUCCAAUAAUCUCUCUGUUCAACCAGUUACGUCGAACCUUCUCAUCAAUUCCUCUAUGGGGCACUACUUUCAAAGAGCUUUUUCCCGAAAAAGCUGCAGACGUUGAGUCAAGUAGUUACUCGAAUCCGGUUAUGAAUACAAAGGCGGCUAUUUUUGGGAGGCUUUUCAUUACAGAAAGUGGUUAUAUUGGGAUGACACUGGGGAGUAUAAGAAGUGGGGACGAGGUGUGGUUAUUAGCUGGGUGUGAUGUGCCUGUAUUGUUUAGGAAGAGUCAAAAAGUGAUGGGAGCAUAUGAACUGCUGGGCGGAGUCUGCAUCCCGGGAAUUAUGAAAGGAGAGGCGUUAGAUGGAAGGGCAAAUGUUGAGUUUGAGAAUGUUUCGAUUUGUUAA